UUUCGGGUACCCAGUAGUUGUUCAGAGUAUGAUUAAAGUAUGCCUCGUAAAUAACUUCUUUAUUUUCAUUAAAACAUAAACUGAUUAAUUGUAUAUUGUUUGUAAACCUCCCCUCUACGUACACAUACGUCAUCUUGGUUUUUGUUGUGAACCACGUAUAACCCUAUUUAUUGCCGUGAUGCGUUACGCCCCAUAAGUUUUCAAUCACGAGCGUUGUUUCCGUAACCUAAACUUAUACAAACACAACAUAUGCCUUUGAUUUUAUCCAAGCUCAUUAAAUGUCCACUUCUACACACUUUUUCAAAAACAAUACCGUAUUAAUAUACCAGUAUCGCGGCCAUUCAGAACAACUUUAGCCUAAUCCAAAAAUUAAAUCAAUCAUUUUAAUGCGUCUUGUUUGAUACAUUUAAAAUCAGACGUGGACAAAUAUAAACAUAAGAAAAUUAUCUAACCAUAAUCCAAAGUUGUGACAGGAACUUACCAAAAAGCUGUGAGAGUAACGUUUACAGUGUAUCGAAACGUUCUAAUACGUUUGAACGAAAAUUGUGCAAUAUGGGCAAGCAAACCAGCAAAUUAUCACCCGAAACGGUGGCGGAUCUUAGAAAACAAACGGCGUUCACGGAAAGCGAAAUCCAACAGUGGUACCGGGAUUUUAUUAAUGAAUGGCCAAAGGGACAUCUAAGAAUCGACCAGUUUGAAAAAAUGUACGCUGGUUUCUUCCCAGCUGGAGACGCAUCGACGUUUGCACGACAUGUUUUUCGAGCUUAUGAUGUUAAUGGCGAUGGACAAGUGGAUUUUCGGGAGUUUAUAUGUGGCUUCAGUGCUAUGCUUCGUGGAACUAUUGAACAGAAGUUGAAGUGGGCGUUCAGAAUCUAUGACAUCGAUAGAAAUGGAUUCAUCUCCAAAAGUGAAAUGAAGGACAUUAUUUCCGCUAUACAUAAAAUUGCUGGCAUCAUGGCAAACAAAGGAAACGAGCUAGUAAUACAGCGGAGAGCUGAUGAAAUCUUUCAACUGAUGGACAAGAAUCAAGAUGAAAGAAUCUCUCUCCAGGAGUUCCUAGAAAAUGCAUCAAAAGACCGGAGCUUGGUUACCCUGCUAGAGCUGGAGCACGGCACAGAAUGACACCCGUAAUCUCCUGUACUGUUUACUCAGAAGAACAGCACGGGGCGUAAAGGUGUUACCAAUAGACGAAAAUCACUGAUGAUCUGUCAUAAUGGAUCAUUACCAAAAAAAAUAUUGUCGAAGAUUUAUAAAGGAUAUUCACAGGAGAUAUAUACAUGUUUACAAGGAAUAAUCGUCUAAGUUGUUUGUAUUAUGGACUUCUGUAGAUUCCUAAAUAUACGUGAAGAAUUCAUUAUCGCGUAAUUUCAUGAGGCAUCACUCGCGAAAUAAAAUUACUAAAUUAAAAAUUUUCUGUUGCUAGAAUGCAUGUAAGAACUCUUGAUUUAGAGACGACAUGCGAAUUCAUGUUAACGCGAUUUGACAUAUAGUCAUUUCACCAUUUAAAAUACUCACGUAAAAUAAGGAAUCCACAGUAUACAAAUAAAGGAAGAAAGAGGAGGUUUUUUUGUUUUUUUUUUUACAGAAAUUAUCCCUAUGUUUUUAAUUUUUUAUCCCUCAAUAUACAAACAACCUAAACAUAUACAAUUGAAAUUCUCAAACUUUGAUAUCUUGAACGAAAUGGAUAAAUCAAAGUGAGUUGAAAGUCUGAACUACAUUUCAUUUAUGCAUUUUAGCCUCAAUAUUGUGAACCCUCAGAUAUCUUGAAGUUCUUUAUUGGCACCUUCAGGUUUGAUAUAAUUAGGUUUGACUGUAUUUCAGAGAAUAACUUUUAAUAUAUAGCAAGCUUCUUUGUGACAUGGACACCACUUCCUUCCUAUUUGAGGAAUUACAAAUUAGCAGUAGAUUAUCAUUGACAAAACAUUGAUGAGUGUAGAUAUCAAAGAAGGUGAGACACACUGUAAAUAUGGUAACAUAUUUUCACAUCAUAGUUUCUUGCAUUAAGCUUGGCUUACUGGAACAUUUUGAAUGCUGACAUACCUCAGUGGAAUAUUUUGGUAUGUCAGCAUACCUCAAACGGAACAUUUUGGUAUGUCAGUAUACCUCAAAUGGAACAUUUUGGUACAUCAGUGUACUUUACAUGGAACAUUUAGGUAUGUCAAUGUUACGCUUCAAUGUUACAUUUUGGUAUGUCAAUGUUACGCUUCAAUGGAACAUUUUGGUACGUCAGUGUACUUUACACGGAACAGUUAGGUAUGUCAAUAUGCUUCAAUGGAACAUUUUGGUAUGUCAAUGUUAUGCUUCAGUAGAACAUUUUGGUAUGUCAAUGUUGUGCCUCAAAUGGAACAUUUUGGUAUGUCAAUGUUACGCUUCAGUGGAACAUUUUGGUAUGUCAAUGUUAUGCCUCAAAUGGAACAUUUUGGUAUGUCAAUGUUACGCUUCAAUGGAACAUUUUG